AUGGCAGGAACUCUGUGCCGGCCCAUCUCCACGCCUUCCACGGCCCCUGUUCUCCACGCCUUCCACGGCCCCUGUUCUCCACGCCUUCCACGGCCCCUGUUCUCCAGGCCUUCCACGGCCCCUGUUCUCCACGCCUUCCACGGCCCCUGUUCCACGUCUGCCACGGCCCCUGUUCUCCACGGCCCCUGUUCUCCAUGCCUUCCACGGCCCCUGUUCUCCAGGCCUUCCACGGCCCCUGUUCUCCACGUCUGCCACGGCCCCUGUUCUUCACGCCUUCCACGGCCCCUGUUCUCCAGGCCUUCCACGGCCCGUCUCCACGCCUUCCACGGCCCCUGUUCUCCAGGCCUUCCACGGCCCCUGUUCUCCAGGCCUUCCACGGCCCCUGUCUCCACGCCUUCCACGGCCCCUUUCUCCACGCCUUCCACGGCCCCUGUUCUCCACGCCUUCCACGGCCCCUGUUCUCCACGCCUUCCACGGCCCCUGUUCUCCACGCCUUCCACGGCCCCUGUUCUCCACGUCUUCCACAGCCCCUGUUCUCCAUGCCUUCCACGGCCCCUGUUCUCCAGGCCUUCCACGGCCCCUGUCUCCAGGCCUGCCAUGGCUCCUAUAUCCAAGGUAACACCUCUCCAACCGCUGGUGGUCAAUUACCCGCUGCAGUCAGCGGUAGCAACCAUGGAGGUUGCAAUUCCCCUGUACGCUGUGAAUUAUGGCGGGAACCCCGGGCCACAAUCUGUGCCCAAUCCUGCCACGGUUAAUGAGCCAGUGCCCAUGCCUGCCACGGUUUAUGAGCCAACGCCACUGCCUGUAGGCUCAACCAUCCCAGAGCCACUGCCUGGAAAACUCUACGUAGAGUCAACCCACGGAAGGCUGCUGGACCAGACAACAUUCCUGGCAGAGUGCUCAGAGCAUGUGCAGACCAGCUGGCAGAUGUUCUUACCGACAUCUUCAACAUCUCUCUGAGCAGCGCCGUCAUUCCAAUGUGCUUCAAGGCCACCACCAUCGUCCCCAUGCCAAAGAAGUCUUCAGUGUCCUGCCUCAAUGACUAACGUCCCGUUGCACUCACACCCAUCAUCAUGAAGUGCUUCGAGAGGCUCGUCAUGAGGCACAUUAUGACCCAGCUUCCCCCCCUCACUAGAUCCAUGGCAGUUCUCGUAUCGUCCCCACCAUUCAACAGAUGAUGCCAUCGCCACCACCCUCCAUCUGGCCCUCACCCACCUAGAUAAAAAGGGCUCAUACGUUCAAAUGCUGUUCAUAGACUUCAGCUCAGCAUUCAACACAAUCAUUCCUCAGCACCGGAUUGGAAAGCUGAACCUACUGGGCCUGGGCACCUCCCUCUGCAACUGGAUCUGGGACUGGGAGACCUCAGUCAGUCCGGA